AAUUUUCCAGAGAGCUCUCAUGUGACAACGAUCUCCUGUUCCGUGCGCCGCAAAGCGUUGUUCGAAACGACCGAUCGAGAAAGCAAAGCGGCAUUGUAACUGCUGACGGCCGACUUAUUCGACAGGGUAUCAGCUGGUGCCUUUCGGUCGUCGGACGGACCUCUAGACUCUAGAAAAACCCUUGAGCAUCAAAAAGCGAAUGGCCUCAUCGGAUGGUUUCACGCAUUUCCUCCUCAGUAUGGGCAGCCUGGACAACAACAGCAAUUCGAAGAUUUCGGAUACCCUAAUGAAAGUUCUGGAUUUCUGUCAAGUGCUCCAAAAGAAACAUCAGUGCCUGGAAGUAACCGUGAACGAACUCCGUAGAGAGAACACGAAUCUACGCACGCAGGUUGACAGACUGAGAGCUGAUCUAGCACAUCGCGUAGAGACGGUUGUAGAUCGUAAAACUACAGCGUUGCAGGCGAGGUUACAUGAUGCGGAGAUGAACAUCAAGGCGACGCGGGAAGCCGCAGAGCGAUUCGUUACACUUGAAGAGGUCUCAGCGCUCACAGCGACCCGUGAGCAGGAAUUUCAGCAGAGAAUCGAGGAUAGGAUUUCGGGCGAGCUUUCGAGACACGCCACAAACGAACAACUCGAUCAGACUCGCUCCGAUGUCUCUGCUCUGCGCUCUAACUUCGACAAUGUAGCGGACCGCCUUCAGGAAUGGUCCGAAUAUCGACAGUUGCAGGAGGAAACCGAAAUCGGCCAAACGGCGCUAGAGACGCGGACGCCACUCGGGAAUAUCCACCUGUUACAUCCAUCGAAAUCCUCGCCUCUGCAAUGGGAGUUGAAGAACUUCAGCCAAUUCAAGCGAUUGGCGCGUGGAAACACGUGUCGGAGGCUGUACUCCAGACCCUUCGGCAUCGAAAAAGAUGGCACAGUACGCUGCGUACUCAGGCUCCUUGUUGUUAUUCUACCGAACGAAGACGUGUACCAGUUCGCUCUGGAAGUUCUCUACGCGACAAAAUACCAGAGGAAAUUCGAUUUCCGAUUUCAAAUCCUUUCGCCGACUUCAAAGAAACCGAUAGUGAAGACCUUCUCGUCUACCGAAGCUUGCAUCCCCCGCUACUGGUUCCCGCAGAAUGAGCUGCAACCUUCGGGCUUGGUUAGUUUCGCCUUCGCUGUGACCGAAGAUCAGCUGAUCAAGGGAGACCUGCUCGUUGAUGACCAGUUGCUCAUUCAAGUCGGACUCCGUGAGUGACGCUGGACGUCGCCACCUCGCGGGCUCCCGAGGUUGUGAAGGGGAUAGCAUGUACCUGCGGAGGCUACUUAUCAGGAGCGGAACGACGCAACACCUCUAUUAUUGUUUACGGGACGUGCUUCCGUGUCGUGACGGGAUAAAGGAAGAAACGUAGCCGGCAGAUCAGGACCUCCCAGGCGGGAGCAAAGUGGUACCUUAAUCAUAAUGUGCUCAUCUCGCGCGAGCCGCGGGUCGAACACGGAAGUAGGAGUCAGGUUUGACAUAUAUGCGAAUGUAUGCAAUCAUUCAUGAUCCAGUUGCCGACGCGUGUCUGUUGAUGCUGUUUGUGAAUUGAAUCGGCCACCGCCCCGGCCGACAACGGAUGCUGUGCGUUCACAACGGCCAUUUAAGGUUUUUUUGUGAACUCAAUUUCUAGUUUUGAGGAUUUCUUGAUCAGGAGGAGAAUCAAGUCAAGUGAGAUUCGCCCUCGAUUAGUUCCUCGCGGGCACAUCCGAGCGAGAGAAUAAAGGCUAACUUUCAGUCGUGC